AUGUCAGCUCUUUUAACAGCGGAUUGGUUUCAACUAGAUUCUUACUACAGAAAAUUCGACCUUUACACAAUGGUGUGGUCCAUGGACGAAGGAUUAGGUAAUAUGGUUGUAAGUGGUGCUCCAUAUGGUGGUCCCAUAGCUGUAGUAAGAGAUAGAAAACAAUUUGUAAGAAUAGCCACUACUACCAAACCCGUAAUAACAAUUUACAAUUGUGUUGGAAGUGUUAUGUCCAAAAUAUUGUGGAACAAUGGAGUUCUUGUUCACAUGGGCUGGUCUGACGGAGAGCAGCUUCUAUGUAUACAAGAGAGUGGGGAUGUUCUCGUUUAUGAUAUGUUUGGCGCUUACCAAAAAACUUUCAGUUUGGGACAAGAAGUCAGAGAUACAAAAGUGUCAAAGGCCCAACUUUUUCCCAACCCUCAUGGAAUAGGACUGGCAGUGAUUACAACCACAAACCGCAUGUUCCUAGUCAGUAAUGUAUCCGAGCCUAAAAUUAGAUCAGUGCCAGAUUUACCACGUGCUAAUGAACCUAUCAGCUCUUGGUGUGUGUUGAGCUCUGGGCAACGGUCUUCUUCGGUGAUUGGGUUUCUCGUUUGCAGGGAUAAAGAAAUCUAUAAAUGUCAACUUGGCGAAUCUAGGGCUGUCCUUAUGCGUCCCGAAAUUCAGAAUCCUUACACGCAGAUAGUGACGAUAGUGCCAUCACAAAAUGGCCGCCACGUGGCCUUACUGACGGACUCCGGUUUCCUGUGGAUCGGCUCUUCGAACUUCAAGACCAAAUACUGUGAGAUCGACACGGGAUAUAUUAAACAACCAAAGGAACUGGUAUGGUGCGGCUCUCAGGCAGUCGUGGGCCACUGGGACGACAUGAUGUGCGUAUACGGUUUCAACGACACCGUCGUCUCGUACCCGUACGACGGACCGUUCCACAUCAUAGCGGAGAUGGACUGCGUAAGGGUCAUCUCCGAGAUGACCCACGAGCUGAUACAGAAGGUGCCGCCGGUGGUGGAGAAGAUAAUGAGGAUCAACAGCACCGCGCCCGGCUCCUAUCUUGUGGAGGCGUCUAAGCAGUUCCAGAAGCGAAGCCACCGCGCCGACGAGUACAUACGGCUGGUGAGGCCGGAGCUGGCCGCCGCCGUGCAGGACUGCGUGGACGCGGCCGCCUUCGAGUUCGAGCCCGACACGCAGAAGAUGCUGAUAAGGGCCGCGCAGUUCGGCAAGGGCUUCAUCAUGGACCCAGUGCUGACGGAGCACUACGUGGGCACGUGCCGCUGGCUGAGGGUCCUGAACGCGAUACGGGACCCCAAAGUGGCCAUACCGCUCACAUUCCUCCAAGUUCAAAAUCUAGGCGAGCGUAUAUUGUUGGACCGCCUGAUAUGGCGCCGACUGCAUUGCCUAGCGGGCCACAUCGCUUCGUACCUCCAGCUGAAGGAUGGACAGACUCGCGUUCUCUCUCAUUGGGCCUGCUAUAAGGUAACACAGCCCCACCUGGACAACGAGAGUGCCGCCCGCGAAAUAGGCGAGAAGCUCCGCAAUAUACCGGGAAUCUCGUACGCGACUAUUGCUAUGAAGGCGGCGGAGAAAGGCAGGAAGGCGCUAGCUAUCAAAAUCUUGGAGUACGAGAGCCACAGCAAGCUGCAGGUGCCUCUGCUCCUGACCCUGGGCGAGGGCGCUGCGGCGCUGAGGAAGGCCACGGCCAGCGGCGACACCGACCUGGUCUACGUGGUGCUGCUGCAUCUCAAGGACAAGAUGGGCAAGCACGAAUUCGAGCUCACGAUACGCGGCUUCCCGCUCGCGCAAGCGCUGUACAUCAAGUACUGCGCGAGCCACAACCGCGAGGCGCUGCGCAAGGUGUACGUGCAGGAGGACAACUUCGGCGGGCAGGCGGCGACGCACAUCCGCGAUGCGAUGGACCAGACCAACCUGGGCAGCGCCGAGGCCUCCCUGAUAUCCGCUAGGGAGUGCUACAAAAAGGGCAAGAACGACCUGGGCGCGGCCCUCUGCGAGGAGUUCCGCAAGCUGUGCAAGCAGCAGUCCAGCCUGCAGGAGACCUACGGCGAGAGCUUCUCGGGGCUGUCGCUCCACGACACGGUCCGCGCCCUGCUGGACCACGGCGAGGUGAAGCUGGCGGACAAGCUGCGCUCCGAGUACAAAAUGCCGGACAGAAGAUAUUGGUGGUUACGGAUCUUGACGUUGGCCGAGAGGGACGAUUGGCCGGAGCUGGAGCGUUUCUCAAGGGCGAAGAAAUCCCCUAUUGGCUACGAGCCGUUCGUCGAUGCCUGCCUCAAAUACAGAAAGAACGACGAAGCCCUCAAGUACCUGCCCAGGUGCAGGGAUGACAUCAAAGUGAAGUAUUACGUCAAGGCCGGGUUCUACGAGGAGGCCGCUCGGGUAGCGUUCGAGCUAAAGGACAAGAGCGCUUUAUUUUUCGUCCAAAGCAAGUGCCCGAUCCGAGAAUCAAGCCAGCACGAAAAAAUAUCUUCUUUGCUUGAACAGCUAAAUACCAAAAAA